GGUGACAUCGUCGCCGUUAACCACGACCGUUAUGGUCGUCAAGAGGGUCUUGUCGUCGGCGCCCGUGUCGACUUCGCUGGCCGACAAAUUCUCGAAGUCCAGCUCGAAGCCUCGAAUGAAAUCUACCAAGCAUGGUACCCCACCGUCACUCGCGUCAGGCGAACAGUCUCCUACUCCCGACCCGUCGUUGCAAAACAGCGCACCAUCGUCAAUGAACGCCGAAUCUACUGGUGA